AUGGAUGGUAAUUUUUCGGCGAAGCGAUUGGACGGUUCUGGAUCUGCAGAUCCAAGAAUAUUCCGGAGCCGAUAUUUCAUUUCCGAGGCACAAGUUGAUCAAUUCAAGGCUGAUGUUCAACGUCACUCUGGUGGACGCUCUGUGGCAGACUCGACAACAGGUGCCUGCACAGAAAACUGGACCGCAGCAAAGUCUUUCGAAAAGAACAAAAUCACUGUGUUCGAUCAGACUGGGAUUUUUCUUCUGGCAUGUCGUCAUGGGAUCAUUGAGGUCGUAAGUGAGAUGAAGCGCAGUGGUGAACUCGCAAAGUAUGAUGUCUGCGGUGCUGACCAAGCAAUUGGACAUGACAUCGCUUGCUCGUCCCGAAAAACAAUCGCAUCAAGCUCCAUUGGAGCCAAGGCGGCCGAACUCAAAUUACAGGUUGUCGUAAAUGCAUUCCAUGGGUUUUCCCAUGACCACCGUUGUGCUUUUUUAUAUAAUAAUUAUGUCCAAGCGCUUCAGAUUAUCAAGACCAACAUGCCCUUGCUUGACGAGUUUAAGCGUGUUCAGAAUAUCAUUGACCUGGACUUCGUAAAUUGGCGAAAUGAGGAGUAUGAGUACCUCAGUCAAGUUGCCGUGGAACCUGCUUCGGAUGCCGUUGCGGUCGCUUAUGUGGAACAGCUGGAGAAACUUCGAUUUGCAGAAGAGAAUUAUGGCAAUGCCACAUCUAUACCCUUUCUGACGUACACUCCUGCCAAUUUCACCAAUACCUCCGGUCUCAAUUCCAAUGCACGCAACACUUCCAAGGCCUUUGAAACUGACUAUGCCUCUGCGCUACGCAAGUACGAGCUUCAAUUGAACGUCGUUGAAAAUUUCGAGCAGCAUCAUGGCAUCCGAGAGCGGUGGACACCGCACCACCCAGACUAUGUGAAAGCAGCGCAAUAUUCCCAGGAAAGGCAAUUUAUUCGGUUGGUUGAAGAGUUGGAGGGUUUGGUUGUUCGGCGUCUUUUCGAGAUGUCAAAAGCCAAUCUCGCUGGCACAGGUUACAAGAUGCGGAAGUAUAUAUCAAAGGCGAUUACACGACGUUCUGCCGCCAUCAGAACAGCCUUGGACAGGUACAACAAACUGGCGCCCUUACAAGAUCCACCACGUCCUAUCCUUGACUACUCCGAAGUGGUCGGAUACGCUUGCCUUGGUGAAUUCUCACUUUUAAAGCACUCACGCCAUCAAAUCCUCACCAAGCCAUGGUCGGUAUCUGCCAAUCGUGAGAUGGCUGCAAAGUACUUCAAGUUGGUGCGAUCACAUGAAGAGAUUGUUCGCCUCAAUGUCGAAAUCAAGCGCUUACAGAGCUGGGUCGAGCACGAGGACAGGAGCAUACUGAACGCCAUUGAUUCCCUUCUCGCUGAUGACACAGAAGCUUUGCUUGUAGCUGAACUGAAGGAAUUUCACGCCAAGCGCCACUGCAUCAACACUAAUCAUCGCAAACACCUUCAAAAGAUAUACGCACUUGAGGGAUAUACAGGUGAAAGGGUGCAAACGAUUGUUCACUCGACGGUGCCGGACGGAGACAAAGAUGAUGGGCAGGAUGACGAAGUGAAUGAGGAGGCAGUAAGGCUUGAGGAUUUGGUGUCGCAUCUCACAUUGUAA